UUCACAAACUUGGAGACUUUUUCCAGGACUGGUUAUGGCUCUAAUCUAAACCUCAAUAUAUAUUUUACCAAACCUUCCUUAUAUAUAUAAAUAAUAUAGCCAUUUACACAUACAUAUAUAUUCAAUGGGAAUCAGUUACAGUACUCACGACUUUCGCAGCAGUUGUACUUCUUUUGAAGAAGGCGCCACUGGUUCUACAGAAUCAAAAUGGGGACUAGGUUUUAGUACUAAUCUGGUUUUCAUGGAAAAAGCAAAGAAAAACCUUGAUAAAGAUGUUUGGAAGUUGAAUUACGACACUUGUACGUAUUCUACCAUCCGUAAUUGUUUGGAAGUUGGUGUUGACAGCGUAAGUUUCUCUUUAUAUGACUGCGCUUAUUAUUUUAAAAAAACUAAUAUUUUUGUGAACUUCACAAGGAUUGGAAGUGAAUAUGGUCUUCGAGGAGGGAUAACAAGCUUCAAAACAUCCGGGACCCACAAGUCCUUUAUAAGGGUUGAACGAGAUUACUUAAUAGAGACCACUAUUGUUUAUUACGGAGUUUUCGAAAUUAAAAGUCUUUUUGUUCUCGAAAAGAAGAAAAAUGUUAACUCAGAAAAUGCUUGUGUGGUGACUCUGGCACACUAUUAUAGCUCCAUACAUGAAUUCUCAGGUAUUUUUGCCGUGGCCGAAAUUCGUUGCAAUGAAGGUAGCAGCGGUUUUGAUGUUGAAGUGAAGGGUCCUUACCAAGGCAGGACAGGUGAACUGCGUAAGGUUCGUGAAGAAACCAUUCGCACGGGUAUAUGGUCGCAUGGUAGGGAAAAGGCUGGCACUGUUACUAAAAUUCGAGAUUCCAAUUCAUCGUUGAAGCCUCAAUCUCAUUACCAGAGUGACGAUAUCGAUAAAGUACGUCAAAACGUUAAACAGGCUUUCUUUUCGAGCGAUGUCAAAGAGCAAUCCAACAAAGGCCUUAUCAAUUCGACUGGAUACACUGCAGAUUGUGAUUCUACUGUGUUUGGACUUUCAGCUUGUGUGGACUCUUGGCAUUGGAUAGUUAGCUUGCAAGGUAAGCUUUCGUGUCCUCGGUUUAUCCAUUGUUGGUUCCGCCAUACCCCAUGUGGGAAUGGUUUAUAUGCAUGCUGUGUUACAUGCUUUGAUAUUUGAAAUGAUUUUGAGCUGUUAAGUGCAAAUGCUUAUGAUAUGUAUGUGGUGUUCACCCGAUGGGAUGUGAUCCUAAAGGUAGGUACGGCAUGGGCGCGUACUGUGUGGGUAAUAGACGUAUUCCUGCAUUUCUCUGGCUAGUAGAUUAUUAGUGACACACAUGACAUGAUUAUUUGCUGUUUUUCACUGAU